AUGUCUGGUCCCGGUGUCGGCUUCGAGUAUCCCCGCCAAAAGGUGUCUUGGCUGCAGCGCGACCUGCUGCUGUUUGCCAACUCCAUUGGCGCCAAGGCCGACGAACUUCACUUGCUCUAUGAGCUUCACCCUGACUUUGCCGCUUUUCCCACAUAUCCCAUCCUUCUCUCUUUCAAGGGCGACACACAAGAGGUCAUUGACUUUUACGCCAGCAGCAAGGCCACCAAGAUUCCCGGCGUUCCCGAGUUCGACUACCGACGUGUCGUCGAUGGCCAGCGCAAGAUGGAGUUCAUCAAGCCGCUGCCCACCACGUCGGCGGGCCGCAACUUUGAGACUAGAACCAAGGUCGUGGGCGUCUACGACAAGGGCAAGCCCGGCACCGUGCUCGAUGUCGAGACGGAGCUGGUCGACGUGGACAAGAACGAGGUCUACACGCGCAUCCACUCGAGCUCCUUCUUCAUCGGCCAGGGCAACUGGGACGGCCCCAAGGGCCCUGCCACCGUCAGCUUCCCCCCGCCCAAGGACAAGCAGCCCGACGCCGUCGUCGCGCACCAGACGACGGCCGAGUCGGCCCUCCUCUACCGCCUCAACGGCGACUACAACCCGCUGCACGCCACACCCGAGCCCGGCAAGAAGAUGGGUUUUGGCGGCGCCAUCAUGCACGGCCUGUACUCGUGGAACUCGACCUGCCUCGAGAUUGUCCGCGCGCUCGGAGGCAGCAACCCCGCCAACAUCAAGGAGUACCAGGCUCGCUUCGCCAGCCCCGUCAAGCCCGGCGACAAGCUUGUCACCCACAUUUGGAAGACGGGCGAAAAGAAGGGCGAGUUUGAGGAGAUUCGCUUCGUCACCGAGGUCGAGGGCGGCAAGGUAUGCCUUAGCAACGGCCGCGCUCUGCUCAAGACUGUCGGCGCCCCCAAGGGUAAGCUGUAA